CUUCCGGUUCCGGUGUCGUCCCCCCCGCUGUCCUGGCUGUAGCCAUGGCCGCUGUCUCGCCCCUGUGCCCCGAGGAGCUGCUGCUGCCCAGGGGCGGCCCGGGCAAGGCGGAGGAGCUGGAGGAGGAGCUGGAGGAGGAUGACGAGCUGGACGAGACCCUGAGCGAGCGGCUCUGGGGCCUGACCGAGAUGUUCCCGGAGCGCGUCCGCUCCGUGGCGGGAACUACCUUCGAUUUGUCCCUCUCCGUGGCCCAGAGAAUGUACCGAUUCUCCAGGGCAGCUCUGUGGAUUGGGACUACCUCCUUCAUGAUCCUCGUUCUUCCUGUUGUAUUUGAAACUGAGAAACUGCAGAUGGAGCAACAGCAGCAGCUACAGCAGCGACAGAUUCUCUUAGGACCCACUACAGGGCUGUCUGGCAGUAUGCCAGGGGCCCUGCCUCCACUUUCUGGAAAGAUCUAACUUCCAAAAGCUGCUUCAGAUCCAUAUCACAGCAAGAGACCUCAACAUUGAUUCAUUUGAACUGUUGGUUUGUCAGAGUGGGCACCCCUACUCCUUUUUUUUUUUUUUUAAACCUUGGGACAUGGACCUAUCCAUAAUGGGGCAAAAUCCCCUCUCCUGGACCCUUUUUUUUUUUUUUUUUGAUGGGCUUCUCCUGUAGUUUCCCCUCCAGAUGUCACAAGUUUUUCCUUUUAUUCAAUGAGUCCAUGCAGCGAGCAAUUAGAGACUUUAAAGUGAAGAACUCCUGCUGUGGAUUCCUUACCUUAGGCCACAAGUUAGGUUUUGGCCAGUUUGUUCAGUAAAUUCUGCAAAUCAAAAGAAAAACCUGUAUUUCUCCUGGCUAAAUCAAGGCCAGAAGAGGCCACUGAUAGAAAGGAAGGUGUGUAUUUACCAAGAGGCAGAGUAGUAAGUUUCAUCGAAGUACUGUGGAGAAAACUUGUUUUCAAAUAUUUUCCUUGCACUUUCUUUUGUUGGAGGAGGAAAGGAGAGCACAUUUGGUUGAAGACUGUGCCUGGGUCAAUUCUGUUUGCAUCAUAAAACAACUACAUUUCAGAAGUCAGCUGCAUACCUUUUUGUAUUAAGUAUUAAAUAAAUUCAACCCAAACAUGG